AUGGUUCGCCUUUCUGUCGCCGCUGCCUUCCUCCUCUCUGCCCUUGGCGUCACCGCUGCUCCACGAGGGGGGAGACAUGAUCAUCAGAACACCCAGAACACUGGUGCUACUGCUGGCACCGCUGCCGGCGUCCCCGUCUCCAACUUCGAUAUCAGCAAUGUCAUCCCCGGGCGUUACAUUGUCGUUUACAACAACACCUUCAACGAGGAUGUCAUCAGUGCGCAUGAGACCAAGAUCACCUCCCUGGUAGCCAAGCGCAACCUAGGCAAGCGCCACGCAAAGACCGGCAGAGUCUUGUCCACCGGUGUCAAGUCUCUCAAGCUGGGUACAUGGCGUGCCAUGGCUCUCGAUGCCGACGAUGAUAUGAUCAACGAGAUCUACUCCGCCCAAGAGGUCGAGUACAUCGAGGCGGACCAGUACGUCAAGCUCAACGCCCUCACCUCUCAGAAUUCGACCACCACCGGCCUGGCCCGCCUCAGCCACGCCACCGCCAGCAGGCGUGCCGCCCCCUACAUCUUCGACACCACCGCUGGCGAGGGCAUCACCGUCUUCGUCGUCGACACCGGCAUCCGCGUUACCCAUUCCGAGUUCGAAGGGCGCGCCACCUUCGCCGCCAACUUUGUCAAUGACGUCGACACCGAUGAGAACGGCCACGGCUCGCACGUCGCCGGCACCGUCGCUGGCGCCACCUUUGGCGUCGCCAAGAAGGCCAACCUAGUUGCCGUCAAGGUCCUCGACGCCGACGGCUCCGGCUCCAACUCGGGCGUGCUCCAGGGCAUGCAGUUCGUCGCUGACACCGCCACCAGCCAAAAGCUCGGCGGCAAGGCCGUCAUGAACAUGUCUCUCGGCGGCGGCCGCUCGCGCGCCAUCAACAGCGCCAUCAACCAGAUUUCCGCCGCGGGCGUCGUCCCCGUCGUUGCCGCCGGUAACGAGAACCAGGACACUGCCAACACCUCGCCCGGCUCCGCCCCCGCCGCCAUCACCGUCGGCGCCAUCGACCAGCGCACCGAUGCCCGCGCGUCUUUCUCCAACUUUGGCGCUGGCGUCGACAUCUUUGCUCCCGGUGUCAACGUCUUGAGUGUUGGCAUCACCAGCGACACCGCUACCGAUACCCUCAGCGGCACUUCCAUGGCUAGCCCCCACGUUGCUGGCCUCGCUGCUUACCUGAUGGCUCUUGAGAUCAUCACCGAUGUCACUGCUGUUGGCAACAGGAUCACGGAGUUGGCGCAGAAGACGGGCGCCAAGGUGACUAACAAUGUUAGGGGCACGACGAGCCUGAUUGCUAACAAUGGCAAUAUCUAA